AUGCUACUAAAACACCUAGAAAAAUCAAAUACAAAAACACCAAACAUAAACAAUGGCACCAAUGAUGAAGCACCAAACAUGAACAACAACACUAGUAAUAAAGCACCAAACUUGAAUAACAAUACCAACGAUGAAGCAUUGAAACCAAACAAUGCUAUUAAUACACCAAAUAUGAAUAACGGCACCAACAAUGAAGCACCAAACAUGAAUAAUGACACUAGCAAUGAAGCACCAAACUUGAACAAAGACACUAACGAUGAAGCACCAAAACCAAAUGACACCAAUAAAA